AUGGAGAAGAAUGAAGAACAGCAAGAAUUGUCAAUAAAAGAAGAAUACCAAUUAUGGAGAAAGAAUUGUAGAUAUAUGUAUGAAUUUGUUAGUGAAACAGCAUUAACAUGGCCAUCACUAACUAUACAAUGGCUUCCAAAUCAUACUAUUGAAAAUGGCAUAAUAAAUACAAAAUUAUUACUAGGUACUCAUACUUCUGGGAAUGAUUCAAAUUAUUUAAAAAUAGCAGAAACUCAAAUAUCAGCGGGUGAAAAAGCCAACUCAAGAAUAAAAAUAGUUAAAAAAUUUGAAAAUCAAGAAGAAAUAUGUAGAGCAAGAUAUAUGCCACAAGAUUUAAAUAUAGUGGGGACUAUAAAUGGAGCAGGUGGUGUUGAUUUAUAUAAUAUAAAAGAUAAUAGUCCAACUAGUUAUUCACAUUUCCAACCACAUACAGAAAAUGGGUAUGGAUUAUCAUGGAAUCCUAAUGAAAAAGGAUUGUUAGUGACUGCAUCUGACGAUAAAACUGUUUGCGUGAGUGAUACAAAUAAAAAUAAUGAAACUAUAUAUAAGAAAGAAGGUGAUGAUAUUUUUAAUGAUGCAAAAUGGCAUUUUUUUGAUAAACAUUUAUUUGCAUCAGCUUCAGAAGAUGAAUAUUUAUACAUAUAUGAUACAAGAUCUACCGAUAUUGUAUCAAAAUUCCAUUCUAAAAUUUCAAAGGGAAUAAAUUCAGUUGCAUUUUCACCUUUCUCACAUAAUUUAUUAGCUAUAGGAAAUACAAAUUCAAAUAUUGGUCUUUUAGAUUUAAGAAAUUUGAAACUAUUACAUACAAUGAUGGGUCAUACUGAAGGUAUAACAGCACUUGAAUUUUCACCACAUAAAGAUGGUAUAUUAGCUUCUGGAAGUCAAGAUAGAAGAAUUAUUGUAUGGGAUUUAUUUAAAAUUGGAGAAGAACAACAACAAGAAGAUGCAGAAGAUGGAUGUCCUGAAUUAUUUAUGAUGCAUGCUGGUCAUACUGCUGGAGUUACUGAUUUAUCUUGGUGUCCUUUCAAAGAAUGGACUAUUGGAUCAGUUGCUGAUGAUAAUAUCGUACAUUUAUGGGAAAUUAAUAAGACUUUGAUUAAUACUGAAGAAGUUGACGUUGACUCGGACUUUUUAGAGUAA